AUGGACAAAUAUCCUGCUGAGGUUACAUCAUUGUUGGCACCCUUCAUCGUUAUUCAGGGACUUGUCUCUCCUACGGAGAAAGUUCAGUCUGUUGACUCUGUUGGAAGCACUGCGGAUCUGAAACUGUCAAACCUACGGUCUCGCAAGUCAAUUGAGUGCGAUGCGGUCAUCAAAAUACCUUCAAUUGAGGAUCCAUCAAGUGUUCUUCAUAAGUCUCUUUAUGAAGAUCGUCAAGUUACCAUAAUCGACAGAAAGUUGCGCCUGUCUCAAGGCCCUUUGGCCUCGAGUAUAGCUACACUUCUGGAUAAGCACAACAUUAAAGAUAGCUACCUCCCUACGAAUAAGGGAAAGGAAUUCUCAUCUCAGAUAUAUUACAGAAUCAAAUAUGCCACAAAUCAGUAUCGGCUACCUCGAGGAGCGGUUCUAGGAGCAUCUCAAUCCGAUUCAGUGUCUCCUCAGCAGGAUCUACAGGAUAUCGCCGGUUUAUUGUCACCUCUAUCUCCGUUCAAUCCCGACUCGUCGUAUUCAAACACUAUAUUACCACUUGAAUGGGUUCAAAAAUACAGAGAUGUAAUACCUUCUGUAUUUGUAGAUGUCCAUGAGUUGCGAAUCACGGAAUCAGAUACGUCGGAUAUGCAGGCUGAUCAGCUAGUGAUUGAUGAUAUCAAUAGUGUAAAGAAAGAUGUUACUGGUAGAGGUAUCCGAUUCUUAUCAGUCUUGCUUUGCGAGGAAACAAAGGUGGAAAGUUCGGUUUUGGAGACUCGUAUCGAAAAGAUUAGACGAUGCACACGACUUCCACAGAGAACAGGGCUAUUAUUCAUCUCGUCAGUUAAUACGAGAGAUAUUGGAAUCUUUGUGGAAUCUAUUAUUCGCCUUAUAAAACCGUGGACAUCUGACUUUUAUAAUUCACAGAUUUCCAAGUUGAAGAAUCAAACAAGUUUGGACUUGAAUUACAAUUCGUCGUUCUGGUUGGCUCGGCAGUCUAUGAAGACUGCCAUCUUUGAGGAGUUUUGUGGAAUAACUGAGAGCAGUACUAAGUUUAUGGAGUAUUGCUACGAAAAGUUGAUUGAUGCCAUUAGAAUCGUCAAGUUAGAUACUAACCCGGUAAUAUGGAAUCAAUGUAGGGUUUUGCUUGAUUUGGCUGGAUUGCAUAUUGCAAGAUCAUACCUCAUACUAGGAGACUCUAAUAUGGCGUAUAGAAAGUUUGAUAUUCAUAUUCAGAAUAUUCGGCUCAUGUUGCCUCAGACCGAAAGUUAUUCCACAUAUUCGUGGCUGGCUACGCAGCUUUCAUGGUUUGUACAGCUAUUACAGGGCACUCCUGAAGGUAUUAUACCUAUAGACCGUGCUCUACAACCUGUGCUUCAAAAUAAAUGGUUUGGAAAUGGCUCUACACCGAUUAAGGGCUUUUGUCCAUUACCUCAGGGGGGAUAUCUAUGCUUGGACGCAUGCUUUUUGGUGGAAAAGAGACGUUCAUUGGCCCAGGCAGCUAAACAGACCGCUAUAGACACAUACUUGUCGUUAGAGUUGGAAGCAGAGAAAAAGUUCAACCACUCAAAGCAGUGUAUUAAUAUGUUGAACAAAUGUUUGGACUUCUAUUCAAGGUCGAAAAAGACAAAGUUCAGUAGAACAGAGUCAUUUGCGUACUUCCUGCUGGGAGAAGAGUACUAUAAAGACCACAAUUAUAGUAUGGCUAUCAACAACUAUAUGGUUUCCAUUUCCGUUUAUAAGGAUGAGCGUUGGCUACGUAUUAUUUCGGUAAUCAUCUUUCGCCUUUUCCAAUGUUCCGUUAAAAUAAGAGAUUACCAGGAUGCGCAAGUCUACUAUUUACGAUUGGCCGUGUUGCCAGAGAAAUUCAUAACUCCAUUGAAAGUCCUGAUAGAGAAUGAAAAGUUUGUGUUUGACCAGGAAGAAAGUGAAGAGCAGCUGUUCUUCAAGGAGGAUGUUUUUGAUAGUUAUGUGGUGAUCAAGUCACAAAGCUUGUUACUUAAUUCCAAACUUGAAUUUCAGGUUGUUCUUAACACAAAGGUGAAUUCGCUUAUAGAUCAUGCAAUAGUGGAAGAUAUUACUAUACGGUUUAAUGAUUCUUUUAGAGAGAUUCGUGUGAAGCAUGAUACCAAUGCGGACUCCAAGGUAUUCAAUAUAUUUGACAGUGAUAACAAGGUGCAAUCUUGUUUGACGUUUACUACCAAUAUGGUUUUCGGUGGUGACCAAAAGACUAAGGUGCUUCAGUUCUCGAUUUGCCCUGGUAAGAUUGGCAAAUUUCGGAUUGAAUCCAUUCAUGCUACUGUGAAGACACUAGAAUUUGAUUUUCGAAACAGUUUAAAUUUUUCCAAGCCCAGUAGACGAUCUUUGGCAAGGUGGUAUCAGAGAGCCAAUGACAAACUCAAUAAGGCAUAUGAAGGCAUUCUUAUGAAUGUGAAAGAGCCGUCGUUUGCGUUUGAAGUGACGCCACGUCAGCCUAAGGUGGAAAUCAAAUUUGACUAUGCCGAGUUUGCCUACAGCGGUCAAGUGUUCCCAAUUAAAAUUCAUGUACAUAAUAAGGAUGUGGAAUCAUAUAAGUUGCAAUAUGAAAUGAAUGCCUUGGUUGGGGAUGAAGAUAUGACAACUGAGUGGAAGGAAAGAACACAGAAUGAUGAAUUCAAUGUUGGUGUUGUGAAUGAGAACUUUGCACUGAUCCAUCUACCACUAAUAACGGAUCUUCCGACCAUUGUUGAUAUUCAAUCAGAGCAGGCAGGAGUGAUUAGCAAUCAUCGCCAAAAGGUUAAGGUGACUUUUAAGUUUAAAUACCUGAUGAAGAAUGGGGAUGAUACAACGGUGGAAACGAUGAAAGUUGUUGAGAUCCCGAUCUUGGAGAUAUUCAAAUUGCAGUUCACCAUUAAUCCCAGCUUGAGCUCUGUAAUUCCUUCUAUAUUUGAUGUGAACGAGACUUCUGUGAUUCCUGUUCAUGAUAGGGUAUGGAAAUGUGCUGCACUGGUAAGAAACGUAUCAUUUCUUCCGAUCUCAUUGAAACAUUUCAAGUUUGAGAUCAAAUGCUUGUCAUCCAAUGCAAAAGCUGAGCUAAUUGAAUCGAAGAGUUUACCAGAUGAACUUGAAUUGACGGAAAAUGACUCGGAAUUCACCAAAUUGCCUUUCUGGUUUAGAUCUUACUGCGAAACGGGAUUCUUGAAACGAUCAAUCCAGGUGGAAAUAGUUCUAUCGUUCAAUUAUGAAGACCAUAAUACAAACUUGGAGUUUUCACCUUUACAGCUUGUUCACCAGUACCAAACAGUGAUAUGGAAAGGUUCUCUACCACAUUUGGAUCCAAGAAUGUUGGUGGAUAUUAAAGAGAUGGACAGUGUCAUCGAGGUAGAUUACAUUUUAGAGAAUCCGACAUCCAAGAUAUUUCAAUUCAGUUCAUCUUUAGCUACCAGUGAGUGCUUCGUGAACUUGAAUUACAAGAACCAGCAGGCCUUUUCGGUACUACCCUUUGUUAAAGAAAUUUUCAAGUUCAGAUAUAAGGUGGUGGACGAAUUCAAGAACAAAAAGCUGUUACGGCUACCGGAAUUCAAAGUAUACGAUCUUCAUUACAAGGUGUAUAUGAACCAGCUUGUGGUGACGGAUAAGAUCGACCACUCCAAAGAGGGAAUGUUCUAUGUGAACAAAAACUAUUUAUUGAACUAA